CCUGCGGGUGAACCCAGGGAGGAACGUGGACAGAGCCGCGGGGAUGGAACCACGAAGUCACGGGAGGGCACCACGCAGGGCAGCCAAGGAAAAGCUCCCGCCGUAUUUCCAGGCGGUGUCGGUGCCAAAGGGCGAUCCCGAGAAGCGCCCGGUGCUCCCGUUCCCCGCGGGCCGGGGGGGACCCACAGGCCGGGCGGGAGCGCUGGGAUUGCCGGGAAGAGCCGCCGGCACUGGGCACAACCAGCAGCAGGCCCGGCAAGAGCCAAGGCCCUGGAACAGCCCCGGUGGGAGGGCAGGGAUGGGCCGGCACCGCCGGGAGCGGGUCCCGGAGCCCCCUGGGAUGGGGAGGGGGCGGAGCGGCCCCGGCGGGAAGGAGCCGCUCCCGGCGGAUAAAGGGUGCGGGGCGGUGUGGAGGCUGAGAGAUGGAGCCAACAAUGGAGUCCAUCUUUUCUAUUUUCCAGAGCCCUGAAAGCAAUGAUUCUGCAGGAUAUCCAGAGGGCUUUGUUUUGAGGGACACUGAGGAAGAGGAAGGCAUCCCUGAAGACCUUCAGCAAGAGGAACUGCCUCAGGUACCUGCAGCCCACAGCCCAGAGAGGGGGGCAGCCUGUAAUGAGCCCCCUCCCCAAAAAAGAGACUCCAUGAAACUCGUCCCCAGCACUGAUGGCCAGAAACUGCCCUCAGAAAAGAAUCCUUUCUUCGAGUGUCCAGAAUGUGGGAAGGGCUUCAAGGGGCACAACAGACUCCUGAACCAUCUGCAAAUCCACAGUAGAGACAAAAGGUUUGUGUGUGCAGAAUGUGGGAAGAGCUUUAGCAGGAAGGCCAACCUGGUGGUUCACCACAGAGUCCAUACAGGAGAAAGGCCGUACAAGUGCAAGGAAUGUGAGAAAGCCUUCAGCUGUGCCUCCAACCUUGUUACUCACCACAAGACCCAUCUGAAAAAGAAAGCCUUCUCUUGCACCGUGUGCAGAAAAAGCUUCAGUGGCAACAAAGGUCUCCUGCAGCAUCAGAGAGUCCAUACGGGUGAGAAGCCCUACAGGCGUCCCAAGGGUGGGAACAACUCUGUGAGCCCAAACUCCAUCAAACAUCAACAUUUGAGAGAGGGUCCCAGUGCCCACACAGCAGAUGCAAACCAACCUGAAUUUACAUCUCUGCAUCAUAAAGAAGAGCAAAGAUGUAGUGCAGAGAGAGAUCACUCCAAGCUUGUAUUUGAAGAAUUGAAGAAAGUGAGGGAAAAUAUGGAUAUGCUUCUUCUAAAUCAGCAAAGUCAGCUGCAGGUCCUGAAGGAAAUUCAGAAACAACUGAAUAUUCUCAUCCCUGGCAAUGCCCUGGUGAAUUCCAACGUUUACAGCUUGGGAGUUCUGCUGGGACAGCAGGCGGCUGCAGCAGCUGCUGUUUCUUGCCCCCUUCUCAAUCCCAGCAGUCUCCUUUGUGAAAAUGCCACUGCCUUAUCCCCUUCAUCUGCCCGUGGAAUUCUGCCUACCACUCAGCUCCCAAGCUCUCAGGAUCUUGCAGCUUCCAGAACUUGCUCAGGGUUGUGCUGUGAACGAGUCCAGUGCAAACACACAUGACUGUUCUUUCUGAGCCCUUUUGUCACUGGAACACGUGAUCUCUGUGGUGUUGGAAUUGUUAUACCUGUGCAGGUGCUGACUGUGCACUCAGACUUGCUCCAGAUGCUGCAGUUGAUCAAAUCCUGCCCAUUCAUCCAUUGUAGCCUGCAGAGGUUUUGGCCAGUGAUGCCUUUUGUCGAGGCAGCUCCCAAGAUUGUUAUCACUGGAGUGAAGUGCAGCAUCCUUUUACAGGGUGAUGCAUAAAACAAGCAUAUUUUUUACUGUCUUAAGCCUGUACUUGGGCAAUUGUACCUCUCCUAAUGAGCUGAAACUAAUGAUAAAGUCCUAAGGGGUUCUUGAAGCAUCUCCUACUAAGUCUGAUUUAUAUAGAGUUGAAAGCAACAUGCUGAUGUAAAGAUGUUCAACAUUUUGCCAAAGCUUUCUUCCUUCAGGAAGUCUUGAAAUUAGGUAACCUUGAAGUAGCAGACUCUUAGCCCAGCAUCACUGCUAGAACUACAAAUAAAACCUUUUUUUUUUUUUUUUAGAUACAGACAACUCCUCCCACCUGCCCAAAAAACCAAACCAAAGAAACUUCACCAAAAUACCACCUUUCAGAUCUACCUCUGUUACUAAGAGUUCAUGAGGAAAAGCCAAAUUGGUUUAUAGGGCACUUGUUCUUUGUGCAAGGGUGAACUCAGUUGAGUUGAGUUUGGUUUUAGAUACUCUGCUAUAUCCUGUUUGGAUUAUUACAUGUUCUUGACUGUUAUGUAUUGGUGCAUUGGGGGCAGGACUGGAGUAAAUAAUUACUGGUUGAGGAGGAACACUAAGAGGAACAGUCAGGAGCACCAUCUUGUGAAGUCUGCAGAGGAAAUAAUCAUAUUUUCUUUUCCAUUUCUGCAGGACUCAGACAUUGGGCCUGUCAGGGUUGGAAAGUGCAGUUUUAAGACGUUAGUUCAUUCUGCCUCGGUUUCUGUCAGUAACUCAGGGUUGUGGCAGUGUCAGAGCCUUUGAGCCUCUAAAAUGCAAUGGCUUACCUUUGAACAGCUGCUGGGAUAAAGAAACUUUGGGCCUUGCACCUGUGUGAAACAGUCUUUCUCUUGAACUGCUGCUGUGUUGUGGGUUGUUGGUUUUGUGGUUUGUUGUUUGGAUUUUUAUGUUCCCUUGUUAAAAGGAUGCACCGUUAGUAAUUAAUAAAAUGUUUCAGCUUUUAAGAAUGCAAAACACUUUUUUUCUUAAUAAGUCAUCUUCUUAUUGACAGAAGUCUGUGGGACCAGGUAUGACACUGUCUAUCUAUGUGACUGCAGCUCUGGGGUACUGUUGUACUGUUCAUACUUUCUUGGAUGUUUAAUGUAAUUUUGCUUAGGAGCUGAAUCCCCUCUUCAAAUCAAUGGUUAAAGUUUGUAUUUUUGUUGUUUUUAAGACAUUCAUUAAUAAAGUGUUGCAAUUCUGUUAGAAAUGAA